AUGUUCGAUUAUAUUGCACCCGAUUUGGAAGAACGUGAUAGUAUCAAUAUUCCGGGUGUUGAGGCCAAAAAUUUUGAAAUCAAACCGGCGAUAAUACAAAUGGUUGCAUCGGAUCAAUUUGGAGGAUCACCCAUGGAAGAUCCAAAUGCUCAUAUCACUAAAUUCCUCCGAAUUUGUAGCACUUUUAAGAUGAACGGAGUUCCUACUGAAGCAAUCAAACUCCGACUCUUUCCAUUUUCAGUGAGGGAUAAAGCUCACGGAUGGCUCAUUUCCUUUCCGGCUAAUUAUUUUAACAGUUGGGAUCAACUUUGCCGAGAAUUCUUGAAGAAGUUCUAUCCAAUCUCAAAGACUCAAAGGAUGAGAAGAGCAAUCCAAAACUUCAAGCAAUUGCCGAAUGAGUCCUUAGCCGAGUCUUGGGAAAGAUUUAAAGAUUUAAGAAGACAAUGUCCACACCAUGGUAUACAAAGUUGGGAUCUAAUGAUGGCUUUCUAUGAGGGAUUAUUUGACACUUCAAGAACUUUGGUUGAUGCAUCCUCGGGAAGUUCAUUCACGGUUUUGGAACCCAUUCAAGCGGAGGAAUUGUUAGAGAAAAUUGCAAUGAACGGUUCUACUUGGUACUCCGAUAGAUCUUCACAAAGAUUGGGAGGAGGUAUUCAUGAAGUGGAGCAAAUAUCCGCUUUAUCGGCUAAAGUGGAUAAUGUUGCAACAAUGGUGCAAAAGCUAGCUCAAAUCACUCUUCAAAAUCAAAACGUGAGCUACGUUUCUACUCCUUCUACUCCCACGAGACAAGUGUUGAUUUGUGAUCUUUGCGGUGGAGGGCACAACUUGGGUGAAUGCCUUAAUGAAGACACCAAUUCUCAACCUUCCGUGGAACAUAUUGAUUUGGUGGGAUACAAUAGGCCACAACAAUCUUUUCAACCUCAAGGAGCCUAUAAUCCUAAUACCUCAAGGAAUCAUCCCAGUUUUUCUUGGAGCAACCCAAUGGGGGCGGCAAAUCCCCAACAUUUUGGUAAUAGAGGAUCUCCACUGGGAUUUCAAGGGAAAUCAAAUUAUAGAGGAGCCCCACCACAACAAUUUAGGCCAACUCAAGGAUUUCAACCCCAUGCUCCGACUAUUCAACCAAGGCCACCACUACCUACUUUGGAAGCUCCACCUCCACCGAAUUGGGAAGCUAUGAUGGAAAUGAUGGUGAAAUCUCAAUUGCAAAGUGAUGAAAGAUUUAGACAAGUGACGGAGAGGUUGGACCAAUUGAGUGCUCAUAACAAGAUGCUAGAGAACCAAAUAGCAAAUCAAGCCUCAACUCCUAGCACCAAAGUCACCGGGAAGUUGCCCGCUUGUCCCGAGAAUCCAAGAGAGCAUGUCAAUGCCAUUGUAACAAGAAGUGGCAAGAAACUUGAAGAACCAACUUUUCCGGUUGACAAACCAAAGCCUAGUAAAAUCAUUGAUGUUGAGAUUGAAGAGAAACUUUAG